AUGCAAAAGAGCGGGAACGAAGGAGAGACGCAGAUGAGCAGAGGGACCACUGGUCCUGGUCUCCGCUCCUUCGGCCCAGCUGAGCCACUAGGCCCUUUCUGGGACCGAAGGUGGAUCCACUGCUCCACGAAUGAGGGUGCUCUAACCCGAUCCAUCACCGGCAGCUCACCGGGGCCCGGAGCUGCGGGAGGACCCUACUGCCGUACCGGUGACCGUGAGGCGCUUUAUCAAUGCAACGCCAACCCGACUAAAGCUCAUACCAGCGAACCGGCCCGAGCCCCAAGACCCUUGAUGAUUGACCGUCAUCCAACAUCCCUCAGGAUUGCAUCCCGCUCCCCGUCGAUAUCAAAACCCCCAGCAGUCAUAACAUCAAGCCUCGAGUGUACCUUGACUCAAACCAACCUCCCACACUCCGCCACUCCGCGUCCUGUCGUUCUUCGCAUUACGAACCGCCUCCAAGCAUCUAGCUGCAUGCAUGUAUCAGAGGACAAUCGCUCCCCGGAUCUACCAGAAAACACCAACGCCAACCUCGUUUCUCUACCACGAUUACAAUGUCGAGUCUGGCAAGCUGAUCAUCACGCCUCCUCUCUCGUCACUUACACGCACAACGUAAGGAUACAUCUGUCCGUCUGUUUGCAAGUCCAAGACUCCAAGUUGGCACAGCUCAGACCACAAACCCCGUUCGGCGCGGAAGCUAAACGGGUCCAUGCCGCCCGGCACGGCCUCCCCGCCGACGCCGGUGUCCAGGGUCACAUAUUGCCACUCGCCUCAGGGGGAGAAAAAGAGGAAACGGCUGGUUUUGCUGGAUUAUAUGCCGCUUCCGUCGGCAUCCUGCCGUCAUUCCUAGCCUGCUCCAUUCCUCCUCUAGGCAUCUUGGCCGACACUACACAAGGGCCGGUGGUUUCUUUCGCGACCCCGUUGAUAACUAGCGAAAUUGAAGGCAGAAUAUCCAACUACAACAGGCCGGCUAUAGCAUCGUUGGUCAUCCUGUUCACGAUCCACCCCGACACGAAACUAGCUCUCACACCUCGAAACAAUGAUUCAGGAUCCCGAGUCCGAAGUUGGCACGGCACCCUCGUCACAGACAGAAGCACGUUCCAAUUCUGCCCGGGUAAACCCAGUGAGUCGCGUGCCGGGACGAGCCCCCUUCUUCCACUGCGUCCUCCAAUCUGCUUGGGAUCCCACCACUUCAAGUCGAUACAGUGGGAUAAUUCAGCCAAGAUUCGAAACCACCUUCUACCGGACUCUAACGUUCUUCCAGAAUUCCGCUCUUUUCGCAUCCUUGCUUCCCUGUGCUCAUGGGCUUUAUUCCCAGCACCGGCCUGUCUGGUCGCGCCCUGGAGUUUGCCUUACCCGUACUGA